CAUCCUCUGGGCACAGGCUGAGCUGAGCACUGAGACACAGCUGAGAAUUAGAGAGAGAGUGAGAGCGAGCAGUGAUGUGGAAAUAUGGGUGAGCAUCAGAAAAAGACAGAAAUAGAGCAAUAAAGCAGUGAAUUGGGCAGAGGCAGGGAGAGGGGGGAGGAGAAAUGGAGACGGUCUUCCACUGAGGCGGUGAUGCUUCGUGCAGGAAACGUUGCAUUUCACUGAAAGAGAAAGCUCUUGUGUUUGGAUGUGAGAAGCUUGUGGAUUUUCUCCAGCCUGCGUCUCGGUGGAAUUCUUUGUAUCUGGAUGCCAAACUGGACCAGACAGAGGAUGCGACUGCAGCUGGAUGCUAGGAUCCAUGUGGGCCUGUGAUGUCUGCACUCCUCUCAGCAACCUUUUACCACGUAAGGAUGACUCCGGCAGCUCUGACCCAGAUUGUGGAGUCGUGGCUCUUCGCUGUGCGCCGCUCCUCGGGUGGUCUGCCAGUGUGAUGUGGACUAGGCAUGCCAUACAUCUCUGCAGAGACCUCUCAGCCCGUUGACUCCGCUGACAUCAGUCUACGUGGAUACAAACAGCAACCUGCAGGCUACGCCGCCAAGUCUGAUCCAUAGUUAUAAUCCCCAGCUGAAGAACAAACAACAUCUGAGUGUGGAGCGAAGGGAGAGGCUGACGUCUCAGCAGGGUGGGCGGCAGAUGGUGACACUGCAGCAGCACUUCUCCAGCAUGGAGGAGACGGUGCGGACGCUACUACAGAACCAGGACUCACUGGAAGGGCCCAAAGUGGACCCACUGGACCUAAUGAAAGCAUACAAGGAUAAACUCCUGGAAGAAAUGUGGAAGCAGCAAGACAGUCUGGAGGGUCCCACAGAUCCAGCAGCCCAGUCUCCUGUUUCGCCCGAGGCUGAUGGUGGAACAGGGGAAAACUCACAGGACAGCACUCCCCUGCUUGAGCGCCUCAGAGCCCUGGAGGCGGAGAACUCUGCUCUGUCGAUAGAAAAUGACAACCAGAGAAAACAGUAUGAAUGCUGUUUGGAUGAGGUGGCUAACCAGGUGGUCCAGGCCCUCCUCUUACAGAAGGACUUAAAAGAGGAAUGUGUGAAGCUGCGGACACGUGUGUUUGACUUGGAGCAACAAAACCGAAUACUGAACGUGCUUUUCCAACAACGUGUCAAAACGUCCACGGUUCCCGUGUCCCAGGAGGUCCAAAGAAAUGGAAAAGCAGGUAUUACUGCAGGAAGGUGGCCCAGCCUACUGAGCCUAACGUGCCCACGCAGUAGUGGAAGCGGCAGUGGCAGUGAGCUGUCUCUUUCCAGUGCUUGCAGUGAAUUUUCCAGUGGCUCCCACACUUGGGCAGAAGGACGUGGUUUCUCCAAGCAGUCUGCCACAAGCCGGGACAAACGGAUGAGCACGGGCUCUGUUUCCAGCAAUCAUUCUGCAUCCAUUGAGCAAACAGAUCUCGGAUGGAAGGAAGGUCACAUUUUAAAAGGCUUAAAGCGUCUUCAAAUGCACAACACCAAGGAGGCAUCUGCACUUGCAUCUGUAUCACACUGCAAUGACUGUAUGACCUCAAAUGAGGGCAUAUAUUCUUUUGGUGUAAAACAAACUGCAGGCAAGCAGGUAGCCUCUGCAAGUAAACCAUUCAAGGCUGAAGAUGUGGUUGCCACCCUAGACUCUGAUGACCCAGAUGAUGAAUCAUCUAAAAUAAGUAACAGGGAAUCCAGUGAGCAACCAACAAAGGAGCGUCUUUGUUUGGAAAAACUGGAUGUUAUUGAGGAUGAUAAGAAAAAUGUUUACAAGGACUCUACAAACCUAUCUGGAAAUUCUGGUCUUUUCCCUUCACCUGACUCAGACAACUUCUUACUUUUGGAGGGCCCCACUGUUAAACCUGGGGUGAGCCCAACCGAUAGCCUUACACAUCUAGAAGAAAUACACAAAGACUUGCAGGAAAAGCACAAAGUCUCAAGCUUAGAGUUCAGUGACAGAAACAAUAACCAGGAACGAUCUACAGACCGUAAAUCCAGAGUUGAUUACAAAAGACAACUGGGCCGAAUUGCCGUCAGGCAAAUUGAGCAAGGUACAAAUAACUCAAGCUCAUCCCUGCAGCAUACUGCAACAAGAGCGCUGAGUUGUAUGAAUGAAGCCAGACAACGCAGCUCCUCAAUGGAGGUUCCUCACAGUAGACACCAUGCAAGUCAAGCUGGCAGUGAUAGUAAGGAUCAUGCCAUGUCAGAAUCUCCACAAAGGAAACCAAAACCUCAGCUGUGUGACUCAGCAAGGAAAGCUUUUAUCCUGCGCAGCAAGAGUGCCGACGGAGGACAAGAACAACCGAAGCAAACCCAUUCUCCUCUACACCAAAAGCUCAUUAAUGGCCAAAGGUCCAAAGGACAGCCAAACCCAAACCCUUCACGGAACAGUGUUCCUAGCAAAAGGACAAAUACAAACCUCAAUAAAACAUAUGGCUCAAGCAUGGGCACAACAUCUAAAGCUGAGAAAGAUGAGGAUGUUGCAGUUUCAACAUGUUCCAAGUCUCUUGAAAAUGUUCAACAGCAGUCUCCUCUUGCAUCCCCUGUGAAACAUUCGAAGAUUCUCAAGUCUCCAGGCAUCAAUGAUUCCUCAAAGAGUCCAAUAAAGUCCUCCUUACAAAUCUCUCAACUGUCAAGCAGUGACUCUUUGGAGGAGAGUCUCUAUGAUAACUUACCCUGCUCUCCCAGAAAACAGCGACGCCAAGAUCAGCACUGUGACAAUGCCCAAUCAGAACAAAGGUCCCCAUCUCCACCACUACCUCCAGGUCGAACUACUUCUCUCUUACUGAGACCACACUCUGACAGCUUACACAAAGAACAAAAAUCAGCUAAUCAGGCUCAAAGCUCCAUCUCGGGGAAACCAACUUCAGCUUCAGCCAAGACCCAAUCAAAUGAAUUGUUUUCUGUCUUACAAACUAAUCAGUCCAACAUAAAAGAGCAUCAACAUAUAGCCCCCCCAAUAGGUGCUGAAGAUAAAGAUAUUCCUGCCAAAAUCCACCAUGCCCACUCCUCAAAGAUACCACCUGAUUCUAUUCACGAAGCCUCUAAGUCAGUCCAGUUGUCUACAGACAGAACUGUGACAUGCCUUGAUGAAACAGGAGCUCCUUCUUUGCUGUCAGGUCAGAACAUCCUGCAAAGAUCCCAACAGAGUGUCAGUGAGCCAAAACUUUCAGAAGUUUUGCCAACAGUAUAUUCUAAUGUUUACUACCGUGGCAUUGCCAAUAAUCCCCAGACUUCCACCUCAAGAGCUAUUAAAAGGACACUUCCUGUAAGUGCUAAAUCUCAUGAAACAAUUACUGGACAGGACACAAGCACCUUCCUCAUUUUUGGAAGACAGGACAAAGAUGAUGCAAAAAGUGUCCAGACCUUUCAGACUUUUACAUGUGAUCAUCAGAUGACACAUGAAUGUGGUGCGCAGGACAACGCCCGCAGAAAGAUUGAGGUCCGCUGUAACUCCCUGGAUUCUGAGCCUGUCCAGCCUGUUGCAUCAGACAGUGGUUUGUUGUUGGACUGGGGAUUUGAUGAGGAAGGCUGGCUAUUUAAGCGAUCUGUGUCUGUGUCAACCAGACCUCUUCUCAAACCAGUGUUGGGCAUGAAUGGAGCCAAGGCGCGUAGUCAAAGCUUUGGCGCACGCUAUAUGGACAGACCAAGUUUCAACAGAUCUGGAAAGGUCCGCACCCAGAUCAAAACACAUUCAGGGAGCUCUUUGAAUUCUCUUGGUGAUGUUCUUCCUGGUAGUAUGAGUUGCUCUAGUAGCUACCAUUGUCCAAUGAAUCGAUCCCUUUUAAACAACUUCUUGAUUGAGGAGGGACUGGCUGUUCCCUCACAUUUGGGGUCCUCCAGUGAAAGACUUCAAAGUCUUAAACUCCAACGAGAGCAGGCCAGGCGACUCCAGAUUGAGCAACAAUUUUCCAGUGCUUUUGGGGAGCCAGUCUCUGAAGAACCAGAGAGACAAAGCACUAUUACCACAAUUGAAGAGAAAGUGAUGCUUGGAAUUGAGGAGAACUUGCACAAGUCUCAGGAACAGGAGAGAACUAAUGAAGUGAAGCAAAAGUCAGGUUCAAGCCUAGCUAAUUGGUUUGGUUUUCGUAAGAGUAAGCUUCCUGCUCCAAGCAGCAAAAAGACAGAUCCACCGAAGGUCAAGGAGGACAAACGGGAGCAAAAGAUAACAUCACUUCUGGGAGGAAAGAAUACAAAGUCUGACAAAAAGAGAGACAGGAGAAAAAGUGAUGGAAAAGACAGCUCUGUGGGGAGAAGAGAGUCUCAUGAUGCAGUGCGGGCAUGCAUCUCAAUGCCCUGCCCAGGAAUGUCCCUUAGUGACAUACAAGGACACAGCAAUGUCAUAGGAGACCCAAAGAUGCAGAUGCUGAACCGAAGAGCUGACGAUGAAAAUGGAUCCACGGUAAAGAGCCCCACCCAGGAUGCUGUAGUAGGCUCCGGCUGCAAGAUGCGAACAUUGGACAGUGGAAUCGGGACCAUUCCUCUCCCAGAAUCCUGUUCCUUCUUCUCCUCCAUUCUGCACUUCCUCCCCAAAUCCUCAUCAACCCCAGAACAGUCCCUCAGUCCUCCCAGUGUCCCUGGUUCCUCCAGUGAGGACGUGUCUCCUUCCCCAUUACCCCGGUGGAGAAUACCAUCCGGCUUUAAGGACAGCUGCCACGUAGGGGUGCCGAACUCCCUGUCUGACUCCUCCAUGACCCGUCUCCCAUCAGUGCCUUUCCCCACUGUGGCCUUCCUCCAGCCCAUCCAACCCCCGUCUGAACCCAUUAUGACCUCUGCCAGUAGGGGUGACACGCAGAGCAGGCUGCCCAGACCACCACCAGGUGGGGUGGAACCUAAGAUGUUGACUCAUAUCAAAUCGAAAACACGAGCAGGCCAACAGAAAGAUCAGACAAGGCUUCAGCUCGCCAACUAGAACAUGAAGCUGAAUGAGUUGACCUGAGGCAAGGAGGGAAGCAACUGGUUGGGAUAAUAUCCCUCUACAACAUAUGGACGAUCCCUAAAAUCCAACUCUUUGAACACUGUAUCUGUACAUCAGUAUGAAACCCUCUGACAACAGCUGAGCUUGGCAUCGUUGGCUUCCACCUGUGCACAGUGUAGUGUGAAGAUACAGAGAAGUCUUUCAGGUGUAGUGGCCAACCCUCUGGCAGCCAUUCUGGAGGUUUGCAACAUGUUGGCAUCAGCCGUUAGCAGCAGACUGAAUCUCUAAGUGUACCGCUUACACACACACACACACACAUACAUGGUCAAGUCCUCUGCUGGUUUUUCCUCUUAGUGAAGCAACAGUUUUGCAAAACACACAUGUAAUUAGUUUCCUAUUUAACAAAAUAACGCAGCAAUGUGAGAGCUACCUGUAAUCCAAAUAUAUCAUAGCUGCACAUAAUGUCCAGCACACAUACAUGUACAGUAUGUGCAGAUAAUGUAACGUGUAUUUGGUCACCAUCAAUACACCGGAAAAAAUAUUUGUUGUACAUACAUAUGCAAACCACCAGAUCUUCCUACACAGAGUUCUUCUAACAAUUACAGCAAAACCACAAGUUUUUUGGCUCAUGCACCAGUAAACAGGGGCGGCUCUAGAGAUCUUUGAUCAGGGGGCUAGACCGGGGCACAGACUGUGAAAAGGGUGGCGCAUGUAAAUGACAAACCUUUUAAAAAACAAGAUCUAGAUUUUAGAUAAUAAUAAAGUGAUUAUUACAACUAAAGUGGCCAUCUAAUGUUAAAAGUAAGGCAUAAUUUAUAGUUUGAUGGUGUUCAUCAUCAAUUACUGUUUUGUUGCCCGAUUCAAAAGAUUCAAACAUCCAAAUCUCUAUGCCAGAUAAUAAGCAAAAUAUACAAAUCUAUGUACAGCAUAUCCAACUCGACAGAGCAAGAGAGAAUAAGCAAGAAGGAAUAAGUAAGAAUAGGCUAUAGAAGUAUAUGCAUUUAAAUAAGGAUGUGCAAACCAAAAUAUAAUUUAAAAAGUAGAAUAAAAUGGCUAAAAGAGGAUAAAAGCAGCAGGUUAAACCUGGUGUCUAAGCAGCUCUUCCCCGCCUGCCAGAGCUGACUUAUUGAACAGUGGUGGAAUGAGGCAGGAAAGAUUUCGGAGCGGAGCAUCUCAGUCUGGUAGAGAAGGAGCUCCGCUGUCUGACCAGUGCGUGGUGGAGGGGAUGGUUGGGGUUAUCCAUGAUGGAAACCAGUUUGUUCAGCCACCUUCUCUCCACCACAGUUCCAGCCGUCUUUCUAAGUGUGUUCAGUGUGUUGGUGUUGCUGCUCCAAUGCUGCUUCUACUUUUUAAGUUAUUUUGCUGAUGGACGAACAAACCAACACUACUGAAUACAUGGCUUCCGUUAAAUGGUGGAGGUAAUGCAACAUUCACAAACAGUCCUUUUUUCAGGCCUUUUUACUAAUAGUGUUCACCGUCUGUAAUAUGCUGAAUAUCUCCUCUUCACCUGUUGUUUUGCUUACCUCCAUGUUUGCCGUUGACUAGUUGCCGCUGCGCCACCCACCUCCCGUCCAUUUUAAUAACAAAACGCUGAAAGAAAGUGACGAUGCAUUCAAGGCACUUCAAAAAUAUGACACAGAGGAGAUAAACUGUAAUAAUCAAUGUAAUCAUGGAUUUUACCGAUGCAGACAUGUUAAGAAAGAUAACAAAGUUCCUUUUUUGGAGCUCAGCUGUACCUGAUGCACACUGAAGCUACCGGUGUAGUCGCAUCGCAAACGUCUGUCUCAGACCACCGAUUCAAAUCUCUCCAUUUCAAGCGUGAAUGUGCCCGUAGAUUAAUGACCAAAUGAAUGACACAUACUUGCACCAAGAGG